UGAAGCCUGGAGAAAACAAUGGCAUUCAAAACAUUGUCACACCUCCUAUCUAGCCUGGGACCCACUCUAAAGUCCAUACGGAGUCAUGGAAGUUGGUACGAUGGGAAAUUUUACUCAAUGUACACCGGCAGCGAAUCUUAUAUUCAGGUAAGCUGCAGGAGCCGGGAGGCGGCUUCUGCCUUAUUGGCCCACAGUUAUAAAGUUAUCCAACUUAUCCUGGUCUGUGCGAUCGUAGAGAAAACGAGAAAGAGAAAGUGGAAAUUUAAAAUGGCAAUGGCAGCGGCAGGUGUGGUGGCGUUAGGCCACUCGUCCUCACUGUACGAGGGUCGACACAGAUGUUUUUUCAAGACGAAGAAUAACAAGCUCGAGACAGGGGAGUUGGGAUUUGUGACGUCGCAGUUGAGUGGCAUCAAAAUCUCAUACCCCUCUACCGCAAUCCAUGCCGUCAAACCCACCUCCGCUCCUUUCACACCUCUCCUUCAACCAGUUGCUCGUAGAGUGUGUCCAUUUACUGGAAAGAAAGCUAACAAGGCAAACAGGGUCUCCUUCUCAAAUCACAAAACUAAGAAGUUGCAGUUUGUUAACCUACAAUACAAGAGGGUCUGGUGGGAAGCAGGGAAGCGCUAUCUCAAGCUGCGCUUGUCGACUAAGGCAUUAAAGACCAUUGAGAAAAAUGGCCUGGACGCUGUUGCUAAGAAGGCUGGAAUCGAUCUGCGGAAAAAGUGAACUCACCAGUUGUGAGUUUUUUGCGCUCUCUACUGUAUUGAUUUAAUGUUUGAGCUGCUUUUACUGUUCCUACAAACCCAACCCCUACCCCCACAAACAAACCCAAAAGAAAAAACUCAUGUCAACCUGGAAAUUUCUGUUUUUUAGAUGAUCUAAUACAAGGUUCUGCCAUAUCUGGUCAUUUGAAAGCAA